AUGUACGGCGGAUCAGAGUAUUCGAGUUUCCCGUUCACAACCAAUGUGUUGGAGGAUUUUGAAGACCCACCGGAUCCCUUGCCGGCCUCCUACCAUUAUCAUGAGACUGAUGGCAAGGGAAGGAAGUGCCGCACUGUGAGAAACCCCGCCGAAAGCGUGCCAGACUUCCUUAACAGGGAGAUGAGCCUCCGUCGCCUGGGUAAAAUGAUGCAGCAUCUAUGGCUUGCCGGCGCCAAGCGUCCUGCUACGCAGCUACACUUUCAAGUUGCAAUGGGUCGACAUAUAGUCAUUGUCGACCGGAUGGAUCUGCAUCUUGUCUGGGACGAGAAGGGAUGGAUCUUUGUGAAGCCUAUUCCUCGAUUUCUCGUUGACCCGGAGUUUUGGCGCCAAAACUUAAACUGCCCUGGCACCUAUCAAUAUGAGCUCGAUGGGACCGGGAGAAACAGUAAAGCUGUGGCUCCGCCGUCAGGCGUGGAUGAACAUAAUUCUGCAGUCUGUCGCAUGAGGUACACUAAGAGCGUCGCCCUCGGUUUCCUUUACACGUACGCAUGCCUGAUAUCCUCAGAGAGCGACUUCAUCAUAGCCAACGAAAAUAACCUCUUACCUCGAGAUACGGACGGCUCGACAAUCAAAUGGACAAAAUGGAAGAACCUAGCCCGCGAGAUCCUUGAACAGCAUAACCCAGAUGAAAUCAACUCACGCUUCGAACGGGCUGAGCUCCGGCUAUCUCGCAUCAAUCUUAUUCACCGUUUCACACGUCUUCCCCCAUUCGACCCAUACCUUCGCGGCUGGCGCGACUACAGCACCCUCUUCCGGGAGAAUCUUGCAUGGAUGGCCACGGCCACAAUUUUCAUUGCCUUGGUGCUGACUGCGAUGCAGGUUGGUCUCGCUACAGACCGCCUUCAGGGGGACGUCCGCUUCCAGCGCGCGUCGUACGGCUUCACCGUGUUUGCCCUCCUGGGCCCUAUGUGCGCGUUCAGCCUGAUAGCCCUGGGGGCGCUACUUAACCUGGUGAAAGACCUGCCAUGGGCUCUCGGGGAUAGAAGACCGCAGUUGCGGGACACAGUUGCGGCAUAG